CGUCCAACAAUCGUGGCAGGCAGUUGUCUUGGUUUCAAAGCUCCUUUACCGAAAAGUUUCCAUUCGGUUUCAAAUUGUUUCCUGUCGAUAAAUUUAAAAAUUUUAGAACGCCAAAUAUGCUCAUCAAGCUGUUUAUGCUAAUGCUGGCCGUAUCCGGAGUGUGGAGUGGCGUCCUGCCGGAAAAUCAGGUGGCAACAGCGGCCAGGACAACGACAGGGGAUUUGGACACGGCUGCCACAUCCGCCAAGCUGCUCAAUCUGUUUGGCUCGGGAUACCCCAACUAUGGCUAUAAUUACAACCGACCUAGCAAUGGCUACUAUCCCAGCUAUCCCAGUUAUUAUGGAUCUUCCAACUACUAUCCCAACACAGGGUACUAUGGAUCCUCUAAUGUCUAUUCCAGCCAAGGAUAUGUUCCAAAUAAUUACUACUCCGGAGGUGGUAGUUACUAUCCCACGACGAAUAUCCUGGGCACCCAAGGAUACGGCGGCUAUGGCGGCUAUGGAGGCGGCUAUGUGCGCACGACUUAUGGCUAAUACAGUCAUUGGCCAAGACCGUCUCAAGAACUUAACCAAAUGUCACGCUCCGGCACGCAGCCCGCAAACAUAUCACAAAAAAUCGUAAACUUAUAUAUUCGCAAUUUAUUAGGCAACAUCAAAUCACAACCAGCACAACAACCUCCUCCAGUGGGAUAUAUUUUUGGCAAACCACUUUAACGGCACCGCACUCGGCACUGCCUUAAGUUUUGAUGUUUCUGCGGGGGUGACAAAGUCUCCGGCUUCCCCAACAACUAAGUCUUAAAAUUUAAGUUAAAAAGUCAUGUUUAUGUUUUCCCCUUCGACGCGGCUGCUGUAUCCCACCAACUCGUAAAUGCAGUGAAGUAAACUUUUGGCCAGAAUUUUCCGAGACGGCGGAAACCCUGCGGAAAAGUGCACCUCCUUCAACUUGAGAGCAUGUACUGAGGGCAAUUUGUGAUAACCUAAUAGAUUUCCCUUGUAAAAAUAAAGCAACAUUUUUGUACAAAUUUAUGCGAGACCAUAGGAAAAUUAAUUAAACUGAAUGUAGCUGUGGAAAAUUCUCCCCAACAACAUCUUAAAGUCUGCUUAAGAAAAACAAUCAACAAUGAAAAGGCAAUCUGAGUGCUGCACCGACCAACAAACUUGAACGAAAAUAUUUGUAAAAUUUUGGAAGAUUUUCCAUUUCUUUAAAGGCAAAACAUUAA